AUCUCGAAUGCUUGAACUUAUACUUGUAUAACCUUCUCUCGAUGUUUACGAAAAGCGCGAAGACACAAAAACGUUUUGUUGAUAUCGAGAGUUUCGGAGAUACUUGCUAUCUCCUUGUAAGGUCGAAAACAUGAUUCAUCGAUAUUCGAACGUCUCUCAGUCUCUCAUCGACAGCACUUGAGCUCAGCAUCAUAAUCCAUCGCAGAUAAUCCACCGACAUUCUGUACGUUUGAAAUAAAAGUGAAAUAAUGGAACAAGAAAGAAUUUAGCCAGAAGUGAUUGACAUUUAUUUUGUUGUUAUACAAAGUCAACUAAUAAAUAAGGAACAGAGAUCGUUCAAACUAAUUACAAUUUGUUGUGUGAUUUCGGAAAAUAAUCGCGCAGAAAUGAUCGUUUCGAGGUUAUUACACGAAAUCGCUUCAAAGUGGCUCAGCAUAAGAAAAACAACUGAAGAAAGCGUACAGUCGGCUAGACACACAGUUUUUCGUAUUGGUGUUAUUGCUGCUAUCGCUAUUAUUGUAAUUUGGUUGUCCAUAUUUCUUUAUAUAACUUUUUAUUACACCUACAUGCCUAGCAUGUCGCAUGUGCGCCCUGUGCACUUACAAUUCACAACAUGCGAGAAACAAAAAGGUAUUUGUAGCUUUCCAAGUGCUGUUGUGAAGCUGACUCACAAACAACAGGUUCUGAUGGUAGGACAACCAUACAAAGUAAAUUUACAUUUGGAAAUGCCUGAAUCUCCAAGAAACAAAGAGCUCGGUAUGUUUAUGGUUUGUGCCAAAAUGCAAAGCAGUAGUGGAAAUAUUCUGGAGCAUUCCUGUAGAUCAGCUAUGUUGCACUAUCGUAGUACUUUAUUACAUACCAUUACAACUCUCAUAUAUUCACCAAUGAUGAUUUUUGGUAAUACUGAAGAAAAGCAAGAUGUUAUUCUUGAAUUAUUCAAUAACUUUGAAGAGGAUCAGAAUCGACCAGUAACGAAAAUGUAUAUCGAAAUUCAAUCAAAAGAUAUAGAGCUCUAUUCAGCUACUCUUACGAUUAAUGCUCAUUUAUCGGGACUACGUUAUUGGAUGUUUAAUUGGCCAAUUUUAACGGCCGGUAUUGGGACCUCUACAAUUUUGUUUUUCAUAACGUUCAUAUGUACAAUGUCAUACCUGCACGUUGGAAGUGAAGAGGAAAUGGAGGAUAGUUUCACUUAUGAAAAAGGCGAUGGAGAGCAUGAAAAAAUUCUCAAGAUUAUGGAUGAAAAAACAUUUUCUAUAGAAGAAAUACCAGAAGAAACAUCCGAUAGUACGAAGGAUUGCAGCGAAGAGAAAGUUUCAGGAUCGGAAAAGCGUAUUAAAGGAGAAAUGAGCCAUAUCCAAGAAAUUUCCACGCUCGUGUCCACAUCGUCGAAACUUGAUGAAAAGUGGCAAAUUUUGCCGUAAAAUUCGAAUUCACAAAAUAUUCCUGCGAUAUAUGUAUAUAUAUAUACAUAUAUAUCUUUAUUUCGCGUAUUAUAAAUGGUACAUUGAGAAACACUGGUGUUACCUCGGAUGACUAGUCAGUUAAGUCGAAAGACCGGUUCCGUCAUAGAACUAGCUCGAGAACGAGCAGAACCAACAAACUUAGACGGGAAAUACAACGUUCUAGGAUUAGUUCUUCGUAACGUGUAGACGGCACUUUUCUUAAGCUUACAGUAUCCUCGUCGAUCAUACAUACGAGCAGAUUGUACGGAUUCAUCAAUCAUCACUAUAUAUUAAAGCCUGCGGCAUACUGAUGCUUUUUUUCGUAUUAGAUUAUGUGAAAGCGCUAAAAUUGACCAAUCGUGAUUUGGAAAUCAAGAAUUGCGAAAUCGUCGUAAUGUUCGUAUGUGAUUCAAUAUAAAAGAAAAGCGUUGUGUGCCGUAGGCUUAAAUCUGUAUCGCAAAUAAACUUAGGGACUCGGUUUCUGAUGCGAAAUAAAAAUCUUUUGUUUCAACACGAGUUGUUCGAUGAACCAUUAUAAAUAGACAAAAAAGAUAACCAGAUUUCGAAUUACCUUCUAUUUUUUUUUUUUUUUUUGGUAAGCGUUAUAAAAAUUAAAAAUAUCUUACACAUAAUUCUUAUUGACAUUAUAUAGGCAGAUAUACAUGUAUCAUAGUUUGCUCUUUUAUUUUUAUUGUAAUUUACUACUGUAUCGUAUCUAUUUAUUUAUAAUAUAG